UUUUGGCAGGAACUCGAUUGAUCAAAUGGCGAAAUCAAAAACUGUUGUAAAGAAGGGCGGCAAUGUUGGCAAGCAAGACAAAAUUGGCAGUGUAAAAAAGUUUAAAAGCAAAAGAGCCUCUUCACCUACUGGGGCAGUCGCUGGUGGCCAAGCAAAGAAAAUACAAAAAAGACAGAGCGAUAAAAAGGGGCCUGGAAAAGGAAAGUCAGAGCUAGAUAACCCCAAGUUUGCAAACAAGGAUUUCAUGAUGGAAAUGAUUGAGAAAGCAUCAGGCAAGGAAGAGCAACGACAAGCAGCAAAACUGGCACGAAGGGAAGCUGUUGAACGAAAAGUGAAAGAAAAGGAUGAUAAGAAGGAAAAGGAAAAAGGCGUAAAGCAGGCCAAGCUGGACUUGAUGAAAUUCACUGACUGCCAUCGUUUCCAUGGCACCGUCGCUGCUGCCGUUGUCGUGGCACUCGGCGCUUCGGCUUCAGCAUCCAUCCUGCCCAACAUGAUCAAAGUGUUUACAGGCGAGAAACAAUUCUGCUGGGACACAACAGAUAUGGUAUUUGCUUAUGGUGACUCCUAUACCAACCUAAUGGGAUCGGCAGGAUCAGUUUGGACAUGGAACAACUUUGCUGCAGGAAAAAACUCUACUUUGAAAGGAACUAUUCAACUCAACGGGACUACCGCUCAUGGCCCAAAUUGGAUCCAAUAUCUCACAAACUGCUAUCAAGGGCUGCCACAGAAUUGUCGUCCCCAAUUGUUUGAUGUAGCCUUUGGUGGUUCCACCGUAGAUAGAAGCCUAGUUGCGCCAGCCUAUGAUUUCAUUAAAGACCUUGACCAACAGAUCAGCAAUUGGGACCAAUAUGUCAGGCCAAAAGUCGAGUGGUCACCAGAUACGACAUUGACCGUGCUGUGGUUCGGCAUCAACGAUGUUACGCGAGCAGUAAAAGACACAGACGGCACAAAUGGCACAAACAGCACAAAAAGCACAAACGACGCCAAAAGCAACUUGAAGCUUGGCAUAUUGUUCAACAAAAUCCUCGACAGAUAUUUCGAACAUUUGGAUACCCUGCAUAAAAAGUACCAGAUGCGGUUCUUUUUGAUUAAUAAUGUCCCACCAAUGGAUCGCACUCCUUCAGGACGUGCUGACGCUGACAGACUGGGUCCAUUAGUCAAUGCGUUCAACGAUUUGCUACUAGGUCGGAUAGCAUAUUAUAGUACACUCAAUCCAGAUGUGACUCUUGUUCACUUUGAUGCCCACAAGUACUUUGGUUACUAUCUGGACCAUUAUAAGGAGUACGGCUUUAAGGAUAUUGAAAACUCUUGUGACAAAAAGGUCUGCAAGUAUCCUCAGUACGAGUAUUUCUGGAUGAAUGGUGCCCACCCAAUGUAUCCAGUACAUAAGCUACUGGGUGAAGACAUUACGGCACAACUUCGAAACAAGCAGCAAUGCCCUUCGCCAUCAUCCUAAUCGAAGUAGCGACAUAACCCGCACUUAGAAAAAUCAUAUGCACUAUGGCUACUUUAUUAGUUUCAAGCCUAGAAUAAGUCUUUGCAACUUAUGCCUUUGCAUUGACUUUAGUGUUCUUUUACAUUUAACAGAAGGAGCGGUUUGGACCUCCGAAAAGUUUACAAGUUCAGGAUCUUCUCCGAAAACAUGGUACAUAAAAUGGGUCUAUACAUAAAACAGAGAACGAGAGAAAAUAGAGAGAGACUCUAUAAGAGUGGAUGUGGCGGUAUUGAUUGUUGAUAAG